GUCACGACUUGAUCAUUUUUUCUCGAUGUUUAUCGUUAGGUCACGUGAACGAGAGAUUACAUACGUCCAUUUGGGCAAAUAUUUCCAUUCAAUGGGAAAGUGGCUGAAGCUAAUUGCAACCGGCAGUCAUUCCUGCUCCCCUGGAGUCAUCAAAAUCAGUAGCUGGACAUCAUUAUCAUCAGUCACAAGACAUUUUUCACUCUUCCGUAGAAUUUUUACAUCUCAAAGACUUUUAUCAAAAGACAUCAAGAUGUCAGAAAUCACGUUGGUCUCGAGUAAUAAGUGCUUCGGGGGAUGGCAGAAGGUGUAUUCUCACGAAAGCUCCGAAUUAAAAUGCAAGAUGAACUUUGGAAUUUACCUGCCACCCCAGGCAGAAUUCGAAGCCGUUCCAGUGAUCUACUGGCUCUCGGGGCUCACCUGCACCGAGCAGAACUUCAUAACGAAGGCUGGGGCCCAGCGGUGCGCCUCUGAACAGGGGGUAAUCCUGGUAAUUCCUGAUACGAGUCCCAGGGGCGAGGGUAUUCCUGACGACAAGGAGUACGACCUUGGACAAGGUGCGGGAUUCUACGUGGAUUCAACUGAAGAGCCGUGGAAGAAGAAUUUCAGGAUGUACAGUUAUAUCACGAAGGAACUGCCAACUUUGGUGAAUGACAAGUUUCCAGUUCUGCCUUCGCAGCAGUCGAUUAUGGGCCACAGUAUGGGAGGCCAUGGAGCUUUAAUCUGUGCAUUCAAAAACCCUGGAAUGUACAAGACCGUCUCUGCAUUCGCCCCAAUAAGCAAUGCCGUGCAAAGUGACUGGGGGAAGAAAGCCCUCUCUGCCUACCUCGGCCCAGACGAAGAAGCCUGGAAGGAGUGGGACGCCACGUGCCUCAUGAAAACCUACUCAGGGCCACCCCUGGACAUUCUAGUGGACCAGGGGAAAGCCGACAACUUCCUCCACCAGUUGCUUCCCGAAAACCUCCUGGCAGCCUCCAAGGAUGCCGGAGUCACUCUAAUCCUCAGGAAUCAAGAGGGCUACGAUCACAGUUACUUUUUCAUCUCGACAUUCAUCGAGGACCACAUCAAGCACCACGUGAAGUACCUCAAGAACUAAACGCCAAUUAAAAACCCGACGAUUUUUUUAUUUCUGAAUUUACGAAUUUAUCCAAUAACAUUUAUACUUUACAAGAAAAAAUAAUAAGCAUUAAAAGCAAAAAUAUUUUAAACAGUU